AGUCCCAGCGCAGAGCGGGAUCUCAGAGGAGGCGGAGAUGGCGUCCCAGCCGCCGCCUCCCCCGAAACCCUGGGAGACCCGCCGGAUUCCGGGGGCUGGGCCGGGGUCAGGACCCGGCACCACUUUCCAAUCUGCUGAUUUGGGUCCUACUUUAUUGACAAGACCUGGACAACCAACACUUACCAGAGUGCCACCGCCUAUUCUUCCAAGGCCAUCCCAGCAGACAGGAAGCAGUAAUGUGAACACUUUCAGACCUGCUUACAGUUCAUUUUCUUCUGGAUAUGGUGCCUAUGGAAAUUCAUUUUAUGGAAGCUAUAGCCCUUAUAGUUAUGGGUAUAAUGGGUUGGGCUAUAACCGCCUUCGUAUAGAUGAUCUUCCACCUAGUAGAUUUGUUCAGCAAGCUGAAGAAAGCAGCAGAGGUGCAUUUCAGUCCAUUGAAAGUAUUGUGCAUGCAUUUGCCUCUGUCAGCAUGAUGAUGGAUGCUACCUUUUCAGCUGUCUAUAACAGUUUCAGGGCUGUAUUGGAUGUAGCAAACCACUUUUCCCGAUUAAAAAUACACUUCACAAAGGUUUUUUCAGCUUUUGCAUUAGUUAGGACUAUAAGGUAUCUUUACAGACGGUUACAAUGGAUGAUAGGUUUAAGAAGAGACUCUGAGAAUGAGGACCUGUGGGCAGAAAGUGAAGGAACUGUGGCUUGCCUUGGUGCUGAGGACAGAGCAACUAACUCAGCAAAAUCUUGGCCAAUAUUCUUGUUCUUUGCUGUUAUCCUUGGUGGUCCUUACCUCAUCUGGAAACUGCUGUCUACUCACAGUGAUGAAGUAACAGACAAUACCAACUGGGCAAGUGGUGAGGAUGACCAUGUAGUUGCUAGAGCAGAAUAUGAUUUUGUUGCUGUAUCCGAAGAAGAAAUUUCUUUCCGUGCUGGUGAUAUGCUAAACUUAGCUCUCAAAGAACAGCAACCCAGAGUGCGUGGUUGGCUUCUGGCCAGUCUUGAUGGUCAAACAACAGGACUUAUACCUGCUAAUUAUGUCAAAAUUCUUGGUAAAAGAAGAGGUAGAAAAACAGUGGAAUCCAGUAAAAUUUCCAAGCAGCAACAGUCUUUUACCAAUACAACACUAAUUAAAGGAGCAACAGCUGCUGAUUCUUUGGAUGAACAGGAAGCUGCCUUUGAAUCUGUUUUUGUUGAAACUAAUAAGGUUCCAGUUGCACUUGAUUCCACUGGGAAAAAUGGAGAUAAACAAGAUCUUUGAUAACUUUCAUGUUUACCUGCAGCUGAACUAUACUUCAGAAUACUUUUAAAAAAUUUCUUCUUACAAAGAAAUUAAUCUUCAAUCCAAUGAAAACAUUUGUUAAUGGCUAUUCCAGAUGUUUUGCUGCUAGAAAUUAUUAAAGUUGUACACUAGUAUGUUGGUCUAGUGACCUGGUUACAUUUUACGAGUUGUUAUUGGACCAUGAGGAUAUUUGUUUUGCCUAGAUUUUAAGAUUAUGGAGACUAUCAUUUUCAUCUUAUUUAAAACCCUGUGUUUAUUGAAAGAAUAAGAUUCAUGAACUAUAGAAUACACAGUUUGCUACAGUAGGGAUCACUAAUGCAUUUUAAAAUUCUAGAUUAAUUGACUUGGAAUCCUCAGAAGUUGAGUGACAACAUAUAAAUAUCAGAACAGGCAAAAAGGCUAAUUUUUCUACAACUUUAAUUAAACAGAAUAAUAAAAAUUUUCUGAUGUGUAUUACAUCCAGUAUUGGGUUUGCUUUAGGCAGUAGUAAUAUGUUUUCAGCCACUGACAAUUGAUACUUUUAUCUUUUAUUGUAUUUUUAAAAAAUUUAUCUUGGAAAAGUCGCUAGAAGCAUUGUGAAGGAAAUGGUUCCGGGGUGACAUAUAGCCCUAAUAGUUUUCCCUGCUAAUAAAGAGGCUAUAAUUUAUCUUUCUUACAGAUUAUUUCCAUGUCUUCAGAUGAUCAUAUCCCUUUACAGUAUGAUUAGUUUUCAUCCUGAGUGAAUCAGAAUACAUAUAUGAAAGAUUUACUUGGUUUUCCUCCAGCCAAGACUCAAGUCCUUUGAGUUUCCAACUCAGUUCUAGCUGCAACGAUUUUAAAUCUUUUCAUAGAUUCUCUGCUUCUACAUAAUAUAAUUAACUUUUUAAAAUUCCA